AUGGAAACAGAGCUGCUGCUUUUCAACAGGGUCGCAUAAACCUGUUGGAUAUAGUACAAUUUUUUUUCCCAAUUUUUGACCCUCCUUUGGCUUUACUUUCACUGUAAUUUGACCACUGUUAAGGUUUGGGAGUAUGGAGCCUCAAACGGAGAGGAAGUUCCACAACCUGACCCUUGAGCAAGUCCAGGCUCUAGACAAAGUCUUGACCGAGGUUAUCCCGAUCCACGGGCGAGGGAACUUUCCUACGCUACAGGUGAGAGCAAAAGACAUCAUUCGUGUGGUGAAGGAUCGACUGGUUGAAAGAGACAUCCAGGUCAAAGAUAUACGCCUUAACGGGGCAACUGCCAGUCAUGUCCUGGUGAGGGAUAACGGCCUGGGCUACAGAGACUUAGACAUCAUAUUCGGAGUAGAGCUGCCUAGGCAAGAGGACUUCCAGGUGAUAAAGGAGGUGGUGCUCAGCAGCCUACGAGACCUCCUCCCCUGUGGGGUUAACAGACGAAAGAUCACUUCUCUUACUAUGAAGGAAGCAUACGUGCAGAAGAUGGUGAAAGUUUUCAACGAGCACGACAGAUGGAGCCUCAUCUCACUUUCUAACAACAAGGCUAAAACAGUGGGACUCCGAUUCGUUAGCUCCCUUCGAAGACAGUUUGAGUUCAGCGUGGACUCUUUUCAGAUAAUAUUAGAUCGCAUGCUGGAGUCCUACUGCUAUGGGUCGAGCUCGUGGGUCGGGGUGGCGGGGGAGGCCAUCAUUACUGUCGAAGCCGAAUGCAUGUACGGAGACUUUGAGCAGGCCAUGGAUCAUCUCCGCCACCACCUCAUCGCCACCCACAACCCAGAGGAGAUCCGAGGAGGCGGCCUGCUGAAAUACAGCGAUCUGCUGGUGAGGAAUUUCCGUCCCGCCAGCGAGAUAGAGAUCAAGUCGUUGGAGCGCUACAUGUGCUCCCGCUUCUUCAUCGACUUCCCCGACGUGGGCGAGCAGCAGCGGAAGAUCGAGGCGUACCUGCAGUGUCAUUUCAUCGGCAACGAGGAGACGAGCAAGUACGACUACCUGAUGACCCUGAGGCGCGUGAUCGACGAGAGCACGGUGUGUCUGAUGGGACACGAGAGGAGACAGACACUCAACAUGAUCACGGUCCUGGCGUUGAGGGUAUUGGGCGAACAGAAUGCCAUUCCCAACACGGCCAACGUCACCUGCUUUUACCAGCCGGCCCCGUACAUGGCAGAGCCCAUCUAUAACAGCUACUACAUCACUCAGCCGCAGCCUCCGCUCGUGUACCACCCCUACCCUCUGCAUGUCCACAUGCAGACCGGCCUGGUGUAG